AUGCAUGUUGUUAUGGAUUCAACAGUCAUGUUUAUUUGUAAGUAUGGGUUGGAGAUUUUUCCGGUGAGGUUAUCGGGUGGUGGUAGGUUGAAGGAUGUCUUAAGUAGCAUUUGUAAUAGGUGGAAGAAUCUGUCGAAUGAAUCUGAUUUUGAGAACAUGCUUUUCUUGCUUAGUAAUUGUGAUCGCAUAAAUGCAAAGGUUGACGAGAAUGAACAUAGUAGCCGGUUAAUUGUUGGUAGUACUAUUGAUGAAAUGGAUGAUGUUGAUGAAGUUGUUGAUGAUGAGGUAGAAUAUGUGGAUGGAAUGGACCCAGCGGAAAAGUAUUGUAAACAUACGGAGACUAGGUAUUUGACUGAAGCUUUGGCUAAUUUGAUAGAGGGUGUCGGACAAGAGUUUCCCAAAGGUGUGAAGGAGUUCAGGGCUGUGUUGGCUAAAUACGCGAUUGAGAAUGGCUUCAUGUAUCGUUUCGUGAAAAAUGAUUUACUUAGGAUUACGGCUGUUUGUGUUAGUACAGGGUGUGAAUGGAAGGUGCAUGCUAUUUUAAAUAGGACCAAUGGUGUAUUUCAUAUUAAAAAGUGUCAUAAUGAGCAUAAUUGUGGGUCAACAUACCGAACCAAUAAGCAUAAGCGUGUGUCAUCCCUUCUGGUUGCGAAUGAGAUAGCUGGGAUUGUUGAGAAAAAACCCAAGACUUCUCCAAUCGACAUGCAGGAUUGGUUUACGGACAAGUAUGGUCUUAAUUUGUGCUAUCAUAAUGCUUGGUUAGAUGCGGAGAAGGCAAGGGGGGAAUUGUAUGGAGAUUAUGAAGGUUCAUUCGAUAGGCUUCGGUGGUACGUUGAAGCUGCAAGGGCUACGAAUCCGGGGAGCGUAUUGAGGCUAAAAUCUGAUCCUGUAACCAAAGAGUUUUCACGGCUAUUUGUGACGUUUGAUGCUUGUAUCAAGGGUUUCAAUUACUGUCGGCCUUUUCUGUGUCUUGAUACCACCCAUUUGAAAGAUAGAUUCAAAGGAACACUCCUUGCCGCAACAGGAAAAGAUGCAAAUCAAUGUUUAUUCCCUAUAGCUUAUGCAAUUUGUGACGCUGAAAAUGAUGCUAAUUGGACUUGGUUUCUUGGCCUUUUGAGGAGUACAUUGUCCACUCGUCCUUUUAACUUGAAGGAUCACUUUCCUGGUCGGUUUAGGAAAGGUUUUCGGAACAGGCUCGUAGAAUUGUUCAACAAAUGUGCAUAUGCUUCAUCGGUGUCGGUUUACAAAGCUGCGGAGGAAGAUUUUUACCAAUUUGGUGGGGAUAAAGCUAGGACCUUUAUUGCGAGUGUCCCUAAAGAGCAUUGGAGUAACGCGUAUUUUAAAGGUCAACGGUACGGUGAGAUGAGCUCUAGUGCUGUGGAGUCAUUUAACAAUUGGAUUCUUAAAGCUCGGGAAAUGCCUGUUUUUUAUUUAGUUGAUGAACUUCGUCGCAAAAUUAUGAAGCAAAUGGCAGAUAGGAGAGUAAAGUCGAUGAAAUAG